AUGACCAAAACAAUCUGCAUCAUCGGCGCAACAGGCAACCAAGGGGGCUCCGUAGCCCGACGGUUCGCCAACGACCGAUCAUACCGAGUUCGCGGACUGACGCGCGACCCCUCGUCCCCCGCCGCGAGGGAGCUGACAGCACGAGGCGUGGAAAUGGUAUACGCCGACCUGAACCAGACAGAGACAUUGAUCUCUGCCUUCCAGGGGGCGAGCGUGAUCUUCUCAGUAACGAACUACUGGGAGCCCUUCUUCCGGCCCGACGAACGGGCCACCGCAGCAGAAAAGGGGAUCUCGUGUCGUCGCCACGCGUACGACGUCGAGGUCCAGCAGGGGAAGAACAUCGCGGACGCGGCGGCGGCUGUGUGUGAUGGACUGGCGGAGAAUGGGUUCCUCGUCUCGACGCUCAGCAAUGGCACGCUCUGCAGUUUGGGCGUCAUGGACGAGCUGUACCAUUUCGACGGCAAGGCGGACGUGUUUCCUUCCUACGUGCUGGACAGGUAUCCGGCCCUCGCGAGGAAGAUGUCCUGUGUGCAGACUGGCUUCUUUACUUCCAGUUACAGAUUGCUCCCGGAGUUGUAUUUUAAAGGGGUAAUACUUUCGGUUCUAUAUCUAUGUCUUUCUGCUAAUACAAUGCAGACAGCGAAUGGCGUGGAAAUGACCUUCCCUACUGCCCCUGAUGCAGCGGUCCCCCAUCUCGCCGUGCAGAAAGACAUGGGCAACUUUAUUUACGCGGUGGCCCAGAUGCCUCCCGGGAAGAGCUACAUGGCGGCAGGAACUACCUGUAGCUGGGCCGAGUACAUCCGGCGGUGGAGCAGAACGACGGGGAUCCCAGCGUCAUAUCGGCAGAUCAGUCUCGAGGAAACUAUUGAACGGGUUGCGGAUAAAGAGUUUGCAAGGGAGGUCGGGGAUAUGUUUCUCUACUCGACGGAUCCGGGGUACGAUGGGGGGAUGGACUUGCUCACGUCGGAGGAUAUAGAAAGGGCCGGCGUCUCAUGCCCGAUGACAACCCUGGACGAAUUUAUCGAAAGCGAAGACUGGUCAAGCGUGAUGGGUUAA